AUGACAGCUACCCACGACACACUGCACACCGGCGAGCUACUCGAGCAAAUCCUCAUCAACGUCGAAGUUGUCCGCACACUUCUGCUCUCGCAGCGAGUCAGCCGAUACUGGCGCGCCCUCAUAUCGACUUCACCAUAUCUCCAAAAGAAGCUCUUCCUCAAGCCGGCGACUACUCAGGAUAUCAUUACCCUCGGUAUCGCUCCGGCCUCGAGCGCCAAAGCACCUGGCAACCCAAGCAUUGAAAUGGUCUGCCCCUACAUAUCCCCAUCAAAAUCAUCGUCAGAUUACGCAGUCCUGAACCCACUCCUCAUCUACGUCGACUUGUGGAAAGGCUUGGACAAACAUCUGCUCACGUGGGCAUCUCCGCCACGCCAAAUAUCCAAAUCCAACGUGACGCCGUCCUGGCGGAACAUGGUUCUCAUGCAGCCGCCGCGUUUCGAGAGCAUUCCGGGGAAAGGAUGGGUCGAUGGGGAAACCUUGUCAGCCGACUGUAGGCUUGGGAGGGCUUUUGACAAGGUCAGUAAACUGCGAUCUCCCCGAAACUCCAAAUUUACUGGGCACAUAUGGCCUAGAGCAACGUGCGUAUCCCCAGAGGAGUUCUGGCAGACGGUCGAAGCUGAGAGGGCUGCGAAGGUGGACGGCAAGGUGGACGAGAAGGAGAACGUGAAGGUGGAUGAGAAAGGCCACGGGAAGGACGACGAGGGUGACGACUGA